AUGAACAAGCACAACUUCCCGACUGGUGAAGACGCUACGUUUUUGGUCAACCCCAACGGAAACCAGGGCUCCGGCAACAACAGCAUAAGACAGCGGCCGCCCGUAUCUGCGUCGGAGUUUAGCCACAUGUUCACUCCUCUCCCCAUAGAGCGCAUGUUUCAGAUGGGGCCCACAGGCGGAGGAGGGGAUACGCAGAACUCUGCCUCGAUAAUGGGUAUGCUCUGGCGCAAUAAUGACGGCAACGAGCAGGCAGCCGAUGCUUUUCACGAUGGGGCAGGCGACACCCUGAAGCAGCUCCUAUCCAAUGGCAGCAACCCCACGGGACCAACCAGGCAGCAGGAGCAACAAGAACAGCAGGAGCAACAGGAAAGACAGGAGCGGCAGGAGCAGUUCAUGGCCAUGGUCGAGAGUGAGUCUCUCAUCACGCCAUCUUCUCCUCCCGAAACUGUGGGCUCGCAGGGAAGCGCCCAAGAAGAAGCAAUGACUUAUUCCAGCGCAUUGCACCACCAGCAAGCAUUGCACGGCAGCUUGAGGCGCACCAACUCCGUGCGCUCAUCCAUCGCCCUGCCAUCGUCAAUGCCGAAUAACUCCAUGCUGAACUACCGGCGCAGCGUAAACCAUGAUUCCAGAAACAUGCCCCCGAUUCCUAGCUCUCCCCAACUGCGCUCAGCCUCGCGCAUGUCGUUUGCUUCAUAUCACUCGUCGAACGCCAAUGGGCGUAAUUAUGCUGUGCAGCCGCCGGCAUCUGCUAGACCAAGUGGCACAGGGGCGGAAUACGGGCAGAAUCCGCAGCAGCAGCGGUAUUUGAACGGCAGGUCUGUUGUCAAUCGGCCACACCUCAUGUACGAUGUUGGGGCGGUCGGCGAUUUUACCAGCCAUCCACUGCAGAUACACUCUGCAGUUGUCCCCAGCACCCGGUACCAGCACCCUUUGCAGCAGCAGCAGAUGUCGCAAGGUGAUCAGUCCCUGAGACACGAGGUUUUGGAUAAGGUUGCUCGCAGGUCGCAGCCCACCACACCCUUUGACAACCACGGCCCGAUCUCCAACAACCAGCGGCCCCCAUCCUCAGUGGCCCAACAGCGGAGGGGCUCGCCCAGUGAUUACAUUCUGCCGCAGCAGCCAUAUACAUCAGGUGAGAUCACCAUACUUCCGGGAGACAACCGGCUGCGUCCGUACGUCUGGAACCAGUCAAGCGGCGAUGAGAGCGAGAGCCAGAUGCACCGUCAAAGGCAAACCCAACUUAAAAGCUCAAACUCGUACACCGCGGGCGUAAACCACACUGCUACGGUUGCGCGUUUUGGAAGUAUCCGCAGGGCAGAGCAGGCAGACUUAUCGCAGGUGCGCAAGACUAGCGAUAGCAAAGCGCAAUUGCUGAAACCCGAGAACUUUCGCGACCCAUUACCUGAUCGCAUUGGUGACAUGGUUUUGGACAAGCGGCUGGGCGAGUGGGUGAAUAUCAACGACUAUUUGAACUCGUAUGGCGGUGCGGAAUCGCCCAAUAUCCGCCCCAGCGCGGUCUCGACCAGCGUCUCCAGAAACGGUAGUGCGCAAUAUCAGCAACAGCAGAAAGGCAGCCCGGUACACGCGGCAUCUGGAGGUCCAGCGUCGGCGUCUGCCAGAUCGUCGGUAUCUAUGCAGUCGCAGCUGUCAGCUUUCCCACAGCCUCUGCCCACAGGCAACAACGGUCGAAACACGACUAUGGGCAUGGGUCUGGUCUCUCCAGUUGAGAACCAGCGCGUGGUUGUGCGCGAAAUGGCUGAGCGCAAGGUGGCCAGAAGCAACUCCACAGUGCAGCGGCGACACAUUGAGGACGAAGCUCUGGGCUCGAUCGUCCAGCGCCUGGUGACACCAGCAACAUCCCCCAACGAGUGCACAGCCCUGGAUCUAUCGGGCUCCGGCAUCCGCAACCUCUCUGGCCUGGCGCAAAUCACCUCGCGUCUCGAGGCCAUCUGCUUGGCGAGCAACAAACUGCAGUCCCUCGCCGGACUCCCCACCGGCCUGGUCAGCCUCCGCGCGCCAUCCAACUGGAUCCGAUUCGAUGUCGGCGAUGCGGAUAAGUUCAGCUUUGCGCGCGAGCUGCCGCACCUCGAGGAGAUCGACCUGAGCGCGAACGAGAUUGCCGACAUCAGUGUCUUCUCUGGUCUGCGUCACCUGCGUGUGCUUGAGCUGAGCCGCAAUCGCAUCGAGUCACUGUCUGAACUGCGCGGCUGCCGUCGGUUGAUCCAGCUCGGGCUGCGCGACAACAUCAUGACCAGGCUCGACCUUGACGCCAGCGAGGCGCCUCUUCUGCAGACCCUGGAUGUGUUCAACAACCGUCUGCGCGUGGUCCCCGCAACUAUUGCCGAGUUCGUGCACUUGGCCAAGGUCAACGUUAUCAAGAACGACCUGGAGCACGUUGAGCUGCACGGCCCUGCUGCCGAGUCUAUACGCGAGCUGCGCCUGUCAGAAAACCCAUUGCUGAUGCGGCGCAACGGCGGCAUUGUGGACGUCAGCGCAUGGCGGGCCAAGUUUCCCUGCCUCAAGACGCUGUACCUAGACAUUUGCAACAUCCGGGAGCUCUCGCAGUCUGGCAAUUCCCUGGGUGACGGCAACUGCGCCCAGAUACCGGCGGAGGCGUCGCCUGUCUCGUGGGCAUCCAUGUUCAACCUCUCUUUGCGUGGCAAUGCGCUCCAGCCCCUGCUGUCCAUUGAUUUUAACUGUCUGAGCAGUCUGAAGAACCUGUACGCGCCGGACACUCGUAUUGCGCUUCCGUGCUCGCUGCCGACUAUGAAUUACCUGGUGCAACUUGUGAUGUGCAACGCCGGGAUCCCCCACUUGCCAUCGAACUUGGGCUCGGCUUUGCCGCAGCUCAGACUCCUGGAUGUGAGCAAUAACCCCGAUUUGAUCGAUAUAUCUCCCAUCCUGCAGCUUGCGCCCUCGCUCGAAGUUCUCAAGUGCCGCUCUGUGGGCUUUGGUGAUGGCAACCUCACCACUCCGGGCAUCCAGACGUUCCCUGAUGUCCCCGGAGAUAGCAUCGGUGGCAGCUCAUCGAACGGCUUGUCCAGCGAAUGUGCGCUGCUCAAGAGCCUGUCCAAGCUGCAGCGCCUACGGCGUCUGGACUUGCGCUUUAACAGGUGCAAUUCGGAUCUAUAUGCUGCGCCGCCCACGCUGCCGUUGCAGUCACUGGGGUCUGGUGGAGGAUCCGGCAGCGGCAUGUCCCUUGAGAGCCCGUUGUCGCCGCAGAUGCCCGGGCAGGGCGAUAGUGGCCCCGGCGUGGUGUCGUCGGCGCGCGUCGAUGAGGACGCUUGGCUCAAACAGGAUCAUGUGUUUAUGCUGAGCCUCAAGUUUGCUCGCCAAUCGCAUCUUCUACAGCGCCGCGAUAAUUACUGGAGGACCGCGGUCUCUCUGUUUUCGCGCCUGGAGGAGUUUGACGGGAUCAAGGUUGGCUCGCACUAA